AUGCACAUACAACUCAAGAACGUCAGACUUGAGGCAGAUAUCGCACUGGCACCCCGGAACGGUCAAAGUGAGAGCGGGCUCGCCAUAUGCUUGCACCCAUGGUCGUGGCUGGGAGGGCAAAUGCACGAUCCCGUUCUCAAAUCGCUCAUCGGUCCUUUGCACUCGAGGAACUACCAUGUCAUAAGGUACAAUUCUCGCGGUGUUGGCCGCUCGUCAGGGUGGCCAUCGCUCACUGGCGUUAAGGAAUCUGAAGACCUCAAAUCCCUCGUGCAGUGGGCAUUGGAAAACCCCGAAAUGUUCAAUAUCCGUUCCGUCGUCAUAAUAGGCUAUUCAUACGGGUCUCUUAUUGCUGGGACACAUCCCCUUUUACCGCCUCCAAUCAAGACGUCUCAUAUCCUGAUUUCCUAUCCUGUCAGCGUUCGUGGAUGGCUAACUUUAUUCCAAACGGCAACAUACGCUCGGAAGUUGAAGGAGUUGCUCAGCAAACCAACAUCUCGUGUCCUGGUUGUCUUUGGAGACAGAGAUGAAUUCACUUCGAAAUCUUCAUACUCUAGUUGGGAAACAGAGUUAAGGACCAACUCCGACUCAGAGAAAGGACUGCUUCAAGUGGAAUGCAUUGCCGGGGCGUCGCAUUUUUGGGGUGGUCAAAGUGGUCAGCAACUAAGUAAUACGAUCGAGAGGUGGUUACCGUGA